AUGACAGAGGGAGAAGGCCUCACCAUUGACGCGAUCCGGGAGGUCAUCAAGGGCGAACUACGUGUGGAGCGAAGAGAGCUAAAAACCGAACUCAUGGUCGAGGUCAAGGGAGCAGUCGAAAGAGUGGAGCAAGUGGAACAGUGCGUGAGCUCCCAGUUGGCAAACACCCUACGACUACUACAAGAGCUCACAGACAAACACUUGGCCCAGGGAGAAACCCUACAAAAGAUCGAAGAAGCCCAGCAACACCAGAAAGACGUCCUGAACACGCUCACUAACGACAACCUGGCCAUCAACACCCGCCUCGCCCUCCUGGAGGGGAAAUUCGGACAAUGGCAGAGUGGAAAAGGGGGAGGAAGCAAUGCCCCCUCGUCCGCAGAGCCCUCAGAGGAGGGAAGACGCCCAGCGCUUAUCAUGGGAGGAUGGAAGGAAGAUACCCCAGCAGCUGAAACACUGCAACAUGCACAGCAAGCAGCGGCCACGCUACAGCUCGAGAUAAACAUGAAGGAUGCGUUUGUGCCGGGAGUACGCCGCGGCUACGCCAUCAUCCCGCUCCCGCACGGCCACGACCCACAAGGUCCAGCAAGCCCUGAAAAAGGUGAGAGACUCCAACGUCAUACUGGGGACCAAGCCCGAUGGACAACCCCAACGCCUCUGGCUCGCAACCUCCCAGAGCCCUGCCCGACGAGCAAAAGCCCGCCUAGCAGGGAGGACCAAACGCCUGGCGCUGGACUUGGGAGCACAGCUCGGCAACGUGGAGGCCGAGUUCGCCACUGGAACGGUUUGGCUCAGAGGGGAGAAGAUCGCAGCUCGGCAACGGCACAGCCACACACCACCUCCACACCAGCUGGUUCUGGCUGGGUGGACCUGCCAGCCAUCGCGAAGCUACUCCGCCUGGAUGAAGAAGAGGUGAAAAAACACUGGAGCUCCAUCCGCCGGGAGCUUUGA